AUGAUCCAAUUGAGCUUUCCUUUGACAGUCAAAGUUGACAUUCAGAACCACUUGAUAGACACCUUUGAUAUUGCAAAACUAUCCUUCCAAUCAUACGCAGAGAUUGAGUCAUUGCUUGCUAGAAAGCAUAGUGCAGAUUUGGAGAGUACUUGGGUGGAAGGAACUCCAAAAUAUUAUUUACUACUUGAUGAUGUCAUGGUUAUUGUGGGUUAUUACGGGAAGAACUCGUUUGAGGUUGUAGCUUUUAAAGAGAUUAACAGAUUGGAGGACUUACCGAACUCUCAUAGUAGGUUUACCAACCAAAAAGGGAUAUAUGUUUCUGAUGUCGAGUUGACAACAUUCAAUGUUUCGACAAUAAAAUUAGAACUGCAGGCCGAAUUUGCCUGUGUAUUGCAAGCCAACGACUAUGAGGUUUUGGCACUAUGCGAGGCCAAUGAAAGCAGUGAAAUGGUAUCAAUUUUGAACCCAAAAGAUCAAAACUGUACAAAGUUAGGUUAUGAAUGGGAUGAAUUUUGCAAGUCUAACCACUUUAAAGGAGGCGAAGCAAUUAGAUUCAGAUUGGAUGUUACCGAUGAAAACAAAACAUGUCACAUGUAUAAGGUUAGUUAUGCGCAACUGAAAUUUUUAUUAGUUAAUGAAGAGUUGUAUCCAUGA